ACUUUUCCAGUCUGCAUUAGUUUUACUUCCCAUGUACGCGACUGUAAAAUACGGUCGUUAGAGGACGCUGUUUCCCAAAUUACCGAAAUCUUGUCUUGAAAGAAUUUCUUUUAAAAGUAAAAUGGAGGUGAAGAGAAGUUGUGCGAAGAGAAUUGGCCGGAUCGGGGGGUGUUACCUGGAGAUGUGGGAGGCGGCGGUGCUGCGUUAGUCUAUCGGGGCCCAUCGCCGUGUGCCUUUGGCCGCAGGAUCCCUCCGGGAUGGACGAAGCGGAGCUCAGGAAGCCGCCGGUGUCCCCGCUCAAGAACUUCAUUGCCGGUGGGGUCGGCGGAGCGUGUCUUUUAUUCGCCGGACAUCCGCUAGACACGAUUAAGGUCCGUCUUCAAACUCAGCCUAGAGGGACUUGCAAUCAGUAUGUUCUUUACAGUGGCGCUUAUGACUGUUUUCGGAAGACAGUGUCAAAAGAGGGAGUCCUUGGCCUGUACAAAGGCAUGGCCGCCCCAUUGGCAGGCGUGGCUCCUAUGAUGGCCAUCAGCUUCUUUGGCUACGGCUUGGGGAAGCAGCUGCAGCAGCCAGAUCCUAAUACUCCUCUCAGUUACUCUCAGAUUUACCUGGCUGGGAUGCUGGCAGGGGUCUUCACCACAGUGAUUGUGGCUCCAGGAGAAAGGAUUAAGUGUUUACUGCAGGUACAGUCAACGGCAGGACAGCUGAAGUACACUGGGCCCAUGGAUUGCGCUGUCAGGCUUUAUAAAGAGCAGGGUAUUCGCAGUGUCUACAAAGGAACAGUUCUCACACUUAUCAGAGAUGUGCCAUCCAAUGGUUUGUACUUCCUGACAUACGAGUAUGUGAAGAACCUUCUGACUCCUGAAGGUCAAAGCAUGAAUCAGCUCAGCACUCCAAGGAUCCUCUUGGCUGGUGGUACAGCAGGAAUUUUUAACUGGGUGAUUGCCCUUCCUCCAGAUGUACUCAAGUCCAACUUCCAGACAGCUGCAGAGGGUCGGUACAGUGGUCUGUGGGACGUACUCCGACAGCUGGUCCAAGAGGAAGGUAUGCGUGGACUCUAUAAGGGUUUCAAUGCUGUCAUGCUCCGAGCAUUCCCUGCCAAUGCGGCCUGUUUUCUCGGGUUUGAAGUGGCUCUGAAGCUUUUGAACUGGUUGGCUCCAGACUGGUGAUGUUUGUCAUCGUCCACCUUGGAACUUCAGUUUGCAAUUACCAAGGAAAAAAACGGGGAAUCAAUGGGCAUGAAUGUCUUUUAUUUAAUCUGAAAAUAAUUGUUCAUGUUUUAAUCUGAUAUUUAGAUGUAUUUCCAUUUAUUUUUUAUUUCUACCUGUUGUAUACAGCAGUAAUCUGUUUAACUGCAUGCUGCCUCAAGGGAAGAUAUAAUCCAAAAUGGAGAAAAAAAUAUGUACAGGGGAAG